AUGAACUAUAACGGCCCUACUAUAGUGAUAGAUAAUGGAUCUUAUACGACCAAAGCAGGGUUUGCUUCCGAAGAGUUACCCCAGAUGGUUUUCAGUUCUGUGUAUGGCCAAGCCCCUGACACCAACGGUGAGAUUAUAAUUGGAGAUGAUCAAUUGCUUUCCAACCCAUCUGUGGAAGUUAUGACCUUAUUGGAUGAUGGGUUUAUAUAUAAUUUCGAUGGGGUUACCCGCAACUGGAGUCAUGUUUAUCAACACCUUGAUAAUGGAGCAGAAGUUAACUCUAAUGAAUAUCCAUUAAUGUUAACUGAAGAACCUUGGAACACGCUUAAGAACAAAGUCACCGCUACUCAAUUGGCUUUUGAAACGUUUGAAGUGCCACUUUUCUCUUUAGUUAAGACUCCCUUAGCUCAAUUGUAUCAAACAGGGAAAUCUUCUGGGUUGGUCAUUGAUAUUGGGGCAGCCACAACUUCCGUGACACCAAUUUUGGAUGGGAUAAUUCAAUCUAAAGCUUCAUUCCAUACAAAAUACGGAGGAGAUUUUCUUAAUCUCCAUAUUGCCCAUUAUUUUAAAGGCCAGAUUGCUGAUAUGAACCAAUUGAUUCCCAAGGCAUUCCAAUCAAGUCCCUCUUCUAUGCAAAACUACUACAUCACUAGAAACAUCAUUCAUGAUUUCAAAGUGUCCAACACUCCAGAUUAUUACCAAUUGGCAUCGAAAAAUCAUAUCAAUGUCAAUGGGUUUAGUUACAUAGAUAACUUAUUCACUCCCUCUCAUCACUCUUUACCCGGGGUUGAGAUCCCUAUGCCGGUUUUGGAGAAGCCUGAAACCCAGGGACUUUUGGAUUUGGUGUUUUCAAGUUUAAAAGCCUUGGAAUCAACUUGUAUGCCAGCCAUAAAUGGUGAUAAUAAUACCCCCAAUAGAUUUGCAAGAUUCAACGAGAUUUUAAAGAGUAUUUUAAGUAAUGUGCUUAUCACGGGAGGUACAUCGUUGACUCCGGGAUUAAGUGAACUGUUGAUUCUGGAAAUGAGAAAAAUCUCCCCCAAUUACUUUUCUUCUUAUGGGUUCAACCAAUACUACAUUCAACCAGUGAUCAACCAUCAAUCUGGUGAUAUCAAUGAGAUCUGGGAGAAACUGUUUGGAGGCUGGAAAGGUGCCAGUAGCUUGGCCACCAUGUUAAAUGAUACUAACGAUGAUUCCAAUGGUACUAACAUUGCUUUAGAGAAUUGGUUUAUAACCAAAGCUGAUUACCAAGAACAAGGUGAGGAUUUAAUUGCUGAAAAGUUUAAAUAA